AUGCGCAUGCUCCUCGGUCAUCGCGUGAAGACGAACAGCUGCUGCUGCACAGACCCCAAGAUGGACAUGUUCAAACGAGUGCUUAUGUGCCCACCGACCUACUUCAGAAUAGCCUACAAAAUCAACCCAUGGAUGGGAGGCGUGGUCGAUUCCAAAAUGGCCAUGCAACAAUGGACAGAGCUGAAAAACGCUGUUGAGAAAUGCGGCAUCGAGGUGGAUCUGAUCGAUCCGGUGGAAGAGCAGCCGGACAUGGUUUUCACGUGUAAUUCUGGACUGGCCCUGAACAACAAGGCGACACUGAUUCAGGUGUAUCUGGCUCAUUUCCGUCAUGGAGAACGUCAGGGCGAAAGAGAGCACUUCAAGAAAUGGUACAUUGACCAUGGAUUCGAACUGUGCGGUGACGAGGACGUAUUCUUUGAAGGCGGUGGCGACGCAGUCUUUUCAGAUAAAACCGUUCUUUGGGCAGGUCAUGGAUUUCGAUCUGAUAAAAACAUUUAUUCAAAGAUGCACGCACUUGGCGACUUUAAGAUCAUCGACUGCGAACUGACCAGUCACCAUUUCUACCACUUGGACACGUGCUUCAGUCCUGUCACGCCGAAGUUGGCCGUCUGGCAUCCGGACGCGUUCACCAGGCAGUCGAGGGAACUCAUACAGAACAACAUCGAAACGAUCACGGUCAGCAGCAAGGACGCCGAAAGAUUCGCUUGCAACUGCAUCGCCAUCGGCACGACGGUCAUCAUGCCAUCAGGGUGCGACGAGACGGCAGAGAAGUUGCAAAAGCGAGGACUGAAGACCAUCAUGGUGAACAUGAGCGAGUUCAUGAAAUCCGGCGGAGCAGUUCAGUGCCUGAUAAUGAAGCUUUAA